AUGUUCGAUUUCCCUCAAAAACGCAAGAAACCACAUCUGGGCCUAGGUGUUUUUGGUUUCUUCAUCGUUUGGGUUCUUCUUGGAACCAUAUUGGACAUAUUGAUGGAAUUUUUCAUUCCUGUAAGCGAAGAAAAAUAUGAGUAUCUGAAGAUUUUAUCCUCUGUCUCUAUUUGUGCUUCAGUGAAAAAAUUAACAAAUACCGAUUUUAAUGAGAAAACGAGAUUCAUUUUUGGCAUUAAAUUCUUUGCAAUAUGUUCAAUUAUAUUCGGUCAUAUUUUAUUUUACAUGAAUACAAAGAUCACUCCGGCAGAAUACAUAUUGAACUUUGCAAAUAUUUAUGCUAAUCCUGCAGUAGAAAUUUCUACACAAUCACUCACAAUAACUGAUACAUUUUUUAUCUUCAGCGGAUUUUUGUCAUUCUACUUGAGAAAGAGUGAAGAAUUGAAUUCCAUACUCUAUUACUUCAUUUACAUCGUAAAGCGAUAUAUCAGAUUGACUUUUGCUGUGUGUGUUCAUCUGGCUUUUGUUAUUAUUUUGCCGCUCUUGGUUGACGGUCCACACCGGAACAUCGUCGAAAAUGAAAAGUUGAAGGCAGAAAGUAAAUGGUUGACAUUUAUUCUACAUUAUUACAAUUUUUAUAACGAUGACAUAGAUUUUAUAAGUGUUUUAUGGUUUGCCAAUGUAUUAAUGCAAUUAACUCUUCUUACAACACUGAUAUUCUUCAUCUACGAUAGGUGGCCUAAAAUUGGACUUGCAGUUAUUAUUGUUUUGACAAUAACGGGAUUUGUAAAUUUCUUAUAUGUCUCUAUAAAGAAUGAAUUAGUAUUAAUGUUUGGAAUAGACUCGAAGAUGACGUAUGUAUAUAUUUUAUAUAGUAAUAUUUUAAAUGCUUUUUUAAAACAUAUUUAUAUAUGUAUUCACAUUUUUCUUUACCAUGGAACGUCUUGGUAUUGUUGUUAA